AUGUCUUCAAUAGAACCGGGAGAAGAGCCCUCAGUGGGCGAGCCAAAGCCGGACGUAUCUGAUCAGCACACGACGUCCCGAAAGUCCUACCGACGGAAAUAUCGCAAAAUUAUGGUUACAUUUGAGGAGAAGAUGCGAGAGAGCAACUCCUUGUUCAAGGAAGAGCAGAGAAUCACGGACAUAGCUCAGAGGCUCGCUGAGCAGACAGAUCAACUCCUUGAACUGCUCCUCGAGCUCAACGCAUGCCCACAAGUGCCGCCGCGGCUCCGCUACGACCUCAAUUCUAUGGGCGCAAACAAGGGAGAUGCAAGCCCGUUUAUCUCCGAAGAAGAUGCAAAUCUAGAAUUGCAUAUGGCGAGGGCCCGAUUGCAGGCUGGCGAAAUCAACAUCGCCGAAUAUAGGGAGGUCGAAGCUACCAUACUCAGGUCGCCCGGAUUCGCCCCCAAGCACUCCUACGCGUCUCUCAUUUCCCUUGUCCCUCCCGUGCAUCGUUCGGUGGACAAAGCGGAUCCAAGCAAUGUUGGAUCAAGCGGUGUUCUGACGGUCAAGCAAGAAGAGCAGUACCUCCAGGGCCUGGAUGCCUUCCUCGAAGGUGCGGCGCCGAAUCCGCGACCUCAUGCUAUGAGCAGUCUAGGCAGCCGGAACGCAGAGAAAAACGCAGAACGCGAACGAGAGACUCAGCUAAAGAACCCUGUCUCGGUUUAUAACUGGCUUCGAAAACACCAACCCCAGGUGUUCCUCCAGGACAACGAGACUGGCGCAGACAGGACACCUCGGGCGGCAGGAUCACGGAUCUCGGCCCGGAAAUCCGCCCAGAAGGAGCUGAUCAAACAGGAAAAGGACUACGACGACGAGGGAUUUGCCGCGGAGACAGCCCCGUCCCGAGGCAAGAGAAAACGUGACGAAGAUGGAGGAUAUCGACCUAAGGGAGGCGCUCCGAGGAGCAUCAAGCGCAAGAAGGAGGGAAAAGACGAGGCGGCACGAAGCAAGCGAACAAAGAAGCCGUCAAUAGACGCCAGAUAG